UGCGGGUGCGGGCCGGGGAGUGGUGCAGUCUCCUUCCUCCGUUCGGAGUUGCGCUAAGCUGCGCUGUUGGACACAAGUCUACGUAGGAGUGUUUUCCUUCUGUCAAUAAUUAAUCUUAAUCACUGAAUCAGUCUGGUAGAAUUGCAGUUUUAGUAGAUGAAGCGGAAGGCGGGAGGAGCACCUCACUUUGGGAGGCCCCUAGUACCCCGACACAGGCACUGGGGGACUCUCGCAGCAGCAGGGGAGGCGCCAAAGCCUGGGCUCACCUAAGAGAACCCACAGAUCCAUCCCAGGGGGAGAUUAAAAAAGCAACCCAAAAAGAAGUAACCCAUGCAGGAUAAUUCCCCAUAAAAGAAAAUACAAGAAUUCAGACCUGGACUCCACUAAGCAGGACUGAUUUUCUGAGGUUUACAAAACAACCAUGGAUUUCAAACGAGUAAAGGACUAUGUAUACUGGCUCUACUAUCAAUACCAAAUAAUUAGCUGCUGUGCUGUCUUAGAACCCUGGGAACAAUCUAUGUUAAAUACCAUACUAUUGACUAUUUUUGCUAUGGUGGUAUACACUGCCUAUGUUUUUAUUCCAAUUCAUGUCCGGCUGGCUUGGGAAUUUUUCUCAAAAAUGUGUGGCUAUCACAGUACAAUCGUUAAAUGA